GCCACUCUCCCUAAAGCAAAACACAUUGAAAGAAAAGACUUGGUAUUUCAAACUGGGUUUAACCCAAUGAGUAUGGGGAGCUUCAGCAUUGGCAAGCGAGUCCUGCUGUAGCUUGCCUCCCACCCUGUUGACUCCGAUGUCUUGCUCUAGCUCGCCUCCCACCCUGCUGUCUCAGAUGUAUUGCUCUAGCUUGCCCCCCACCCUGCUGUCUCAGAUGUCCUGCUCUAGCUCGCCUCCCACCCUGCUGUCUCAGAUGUCCUGCUCUAGCUUGCCUCCCACCCUGUUGUCUCAGAUGUCCUGCACUAGCUCGCCUCCCACUCUGUUGUCUCAGAUGUCCUGCUCUAGCUCGCCUCCCACUCUGUUGUCUCAGAUGUCCUGCUCUAGCUCGCCUCCCACUCUGUUGUCUCCGGUGGUGUUUUUGCCAGCACCAGUUCCACCGUAUCACGUUCCAGUUCAACACAAUCACAACCCCUGCCUAAUGUCUUGGCGUCCUGGGAUUAGUCAUUUUAAUCUAGGACCAGGUACCCAUCAUACAGGUCAAGCAGCUACUAACAACGACUUUGUUUUUGAAUUGGCUGCUGACCAUGUCGUUUCUCAUAUACCAAGAAGGAAAUUCCAUCUUAACAGGAAUCUGUUUGAUUUAAUUAAAAAGCACAGUUUUCUGGAACUGACUGACCAGAGGCUGCUGGGUUGGUAUCUGAUGCUCCCCCCUGAAGACAGAAGAAUUAUUCAAGGUGAGGGUGGACUCUUACAGUUCCUGCAAAAGCAUCCUGCAUUUGAAGUAGCGAAGCACAGUUGGCAUUUGAAAGAUCUGAUAACACAUGCAGGACAAGAAGGGAUGUCCUCAAAUCUAAACAAAUCAAGAAGACCAACUUUCUGCUGUGUUUGGCAUUGUCUGCAGUGUGAGAACAGCAACACUUUGGAUACAAAAAAGUGCAGAAGGUGUAAUGAGCCCAUGUCUGAAUCAGCACAAGCAUUAUACUUGACAGAAACAGAUCAUUACGUGCUUCCAGACGGCAUCCAGAACCAGCCUUAUAAAGAAGACAAGUGUGCUUCUGGAGCAGCUGAGCCCGUGAAGCUGAGCCAGGGUAGAAACAUGCUAAGCAGUGCCUCGUUUGAGCAAUGUGACGCUUUUCAUUCAGCCUGGGAAAGCACUGCAGCAGAAGACAUUGGGGAAGCUUUCUGUACUCAGCCAGUCUCUGCUGAAAAGCAAACUCAGGACGGUCUGAAUGUGGAAUUAUUACAAGAAACCUCUGUGGAGGCAACCCUGUCCCUGGACAUCGAGCUUGAGAUGCGUCAGCGCAAUGCACAUUCAGUGCAAGUAGGUGGCCGCUGGGACGAGAGCAAAGCUGAUUUCGAGGCUCGUGGCCUUCGAGAAGUGGAGACAUAUUCGAGUGUUCCAGGAUAUGAGGAGCUGGAGAAGGAAACUCUCCCUGAUUACUACAGUUUCAGUAGCACUGGAUUCUAUGAGAGGGAUGCUUCAUCAGGGCCACAGUGCACGAGUAGUGACACGGAACCAGAGGCCACUGCACACCCCUUGGCUGACACAUCUGAAGAAGGAUGUUACAAGGCCAGUAAGAAGUGCUCUGAUCCUGCCCUUGAGUCCAAGGCAUGUGAUGACUGGCCAGAUAGAAGUAGUUUUUCGGAAUAUGGCUAUAGAAGUGAGGGGGACCCUGAAAAUGACCAGAACUUUGAGGUGUACCACAGCAUGGCAGAGGAUACGUCCUUCCCUGCAGAGCAAGAUGAGCUGCAAACCGGAAGUGCGUCUCCCGCUUGCUUACGACGUGAUUACUGCCUUCCCUUUCCAGAUGAUACAAAGAGCAGCACUGAUAAAAAUAAUAAUAAUAAUAAUAAUAAUAAUGAGGAUGAUAAUAACAGUCUUUUGGUAGUAGGCUCAAGCAUAGAUUGCUUGGGUUGGGAUGUACCUGAAAAGCCUUGUGGAUUUAAAUGUGAUCCUGCAGUCGAUCACAAUGAUACAUCCUUGUACGAAGAGUCUUUUCUGUCUGCUGCUGCGGCUAAUAGCCUACUGCCUGAGCCAAGUAUAGAAAUGGAUAUCGGUGACUACAUAGGAACUUCAGCGUUCGAGCAGAGUGAUCAGUACAGGGAAUCAGAUACUGAAGAGAGACCCGCCACCACAUGCCAGAGAUGCUUAGCUGCAAGUGGCUGUACGAUCAGAGUGAACAAAAUAAGUGAUGCCAGUGCUGAUUUCAGAGCAGGUUUCACCUCAACUAGGGCCACUGAAGCCAGCGUGUUUGUGGCGAGCAAAUCUACCAGCACAGACAACCCUGGCGUGCCCGAUGCACACGCUGCCGUCAAUACAGAAUGGUCUUUGCUGCAAGGUGCUCUGCGAGACAGGGGAUCUCAAACAUCGGUGCCUUCAACUAGUGAAAAGUGCAUCAAUACAGACUUGCGUAUGGUAGACCUGGAUUCAUUUGUUGAGGAAUUCAUGAAACUGAGAUUGGCAAAGGAAGAAUUAAAUGAGCUAAAGAAAAAACUUGCAAGUGCUGACUCCAGUAGAGACGACUCUGCCUGUGGGUGCAGUUCAUUGUGUUCCUCUCGCACCACAGUGCUGACUCCAGUAGAGACGACUCUGCCUGUGGGUGCAGUUCAUUGUGUUCCUCUCGCACCACAGUGCUGACUCCAGUAGAGACGACUCUGCCUGUGGGUGCAGUUCAUUGUGUUCCUCUCGCACCACAGUGCUGACUCCAGUAGAGACGACUCUGCCUGUGGGUGCAGUUCAUUGUGUUCCUCUCGCACCACAGUGCUGACUCCAGUAGAGACGACUCUGCCUGUGGGUGCAGUUCAUUGUGUUCCUCUCGCACCACAGUGCUGACUCCAGUAGAGACGACUCUGCCUGUGGGUGCAGUUCAU